AUGUUUGCUAAUUGGGCCUUUGAGCAUCGGUCACAGGUGAAGGUAUGGAUGAAGGAAAAUUAUAAGGAGCAAAAGAUGAUCUAGCUAACUAUGCCUUAGAAUUACAAGAGAAUGAGGACUAAAAAUACACAGAAUUUGAUUUUAUUAUCAACUUUUGUUUUUAUUAAAAAUAAUUGA